UUUAUGCGCGGAGGACUCCCAAGCGAGCUUCUCUCGCCUAACAUUUGCGCCGUGGCAUACGUCCUAUCACGUCGGCCGGUCCCACUCUGAGGUACAUAUAUAAGAUGAGGUCGACACGGCCAGUCGUACCAACUCCUGACUUACGCUCAGAAUGUCUACUCAGCCUUCUCCUCUUCGCGCUCUCGCCGAUUCCAUCUCCCAAGCGGUUACGGUCAUCGAAGACGCAUAUACUGUGGCCAAUCUGUCCUACCCAUCUCUGACUGGAUCCUUCGACCCUGCGUCUCCUGCUGAGACCUUGCUUAUGCGACCCGACGUUGCGCAGGCCGCUGCGCUGGUUUCUUUAGGCUGUCGCGCUCUUGACGCUGCUGCAGGCAGUCCCGGAAUCAAGACGAUGCCAGCGUUCGAGGUCGCUGUGAACGGUUAUGUCGCUGAAAUCCUCCGCUCGAAACCUGCGGGCAUGCACGUCAACGAGAUUGCGACAGUCAAUGGCUUUGACGCCGCGAUAUUGGGCCGCGUGCUUCGCAAACUGGCUUCAGCCUUCGUGUUCGUCGAGGUUGCUCCCAACGUGUUCGCCAACAAUCGUUUGUCCUGUACCCUCGAUACGGGAAAAACUGUCGAGGAGAUCAAGGCGAACCCGGUCGCUCGCUUUACAGGCGCAUUGGGGGUAGCCUCAUUGAUCAGUCAUGCCACCGACACCAACUUCAAGGGAGCGGCGCGUUUGUACGAGUGGCUGCAGGACAAAAAUCACGGUGACGGCCCAGAGCACGCUCCUGUUCCUCGCGCCUUUGGCACGAGUCUACCUCUGUACGCGUGGCUCGAGCAACCAGGUAAUGAACAUCGCCUUGCGAGCUUCGCCGCUGCAAUGAACGCUCGCGAAGACAUUCAGCCGCCGGAAGCAAUUUUGCAGGUCCUGGACUUCUCUACGCUUCCGGCCGGCACCAAGGUCGUCGACGUCGGUGCCGGAAUCGGCCAUUUCAGCCUCACAAUCGCCAAGAAGUACCCGGACCUCCACUAUGUCAUUCAAGACAGGGCCGCUGUGGUGGAGAAGGCCAAGGCGCACUGGAGCGAACACCUACCCAGCGCUACCGUCGAGAUGAUUCCGCAUGACUUCUUCCAGCCGCAGCCCGUUAAGGAGCCCGGUGUCUUCAUCCUCAACAACAUCUUGCAUAACAAUGGCAAGUCGCGUUGUAUCAGGAUCCUUAAGCUGCUGCGGGAUGCCGCUGGAUUUCAGACGAAGCUGCUCAUUGGAGAACAAAUUGCCCCGUACGCCUGCCCCGAACCAGUCUCCUUGCAAGGCGCUAGCGACAUCAAGGGCGCGGACAAGCUUCAGGCGCCCGUCUCGCCUCUCCUCGCCCCAGGACUAGCUGACUGGCCCGCCAGUGCAGACCUCAUUAUGCUGCUCAACUUCAACAGCGAAGAGCGCACACUGGGUGGCUUCAUCGACCUGGCCUCGGAAACAGGGUGGAAGAUCGUCGAGGCCAAGACCAUCCCGGGCGGUGUCGAUGGCUUCAUGGUCGCGGUGCCGGUUUAA